AUGACGGAUAAAUACAAUUUUAUAACACCAGCAAAGGUCCGCAUUCUACUAGUGCCAAUCAAUAAUUGUACAACCUCAAAUUUCCAACGAUAUGUCAAUUUGAUCAAGAGUAAUGUUCCAGAAGUACGAUUGUUGGAUAUCACUGAAAACAAUGAUUUGCAUCACUUCAACCCAGCAAGUUUUCCUCAGGGUCGAAUAUUCCCUGAAUUCAUAUCAAGUAGCAUAGAAAAUGAAUUGAUUUUCCUACAUGAUUUCGAACCAUUCAGAAAAACAUUCAUCGUACUAGGUGUGGGUCCUUAUAAUCAAGGGAUUUCACCGGAUACAUCAUUAAAAGAACUAGCCAAGGAAUACCACACUGCAAUUGUACAUAAAUUGAUUUUGUUUGAUAGUCCAGAGGAUAAGUUGAAAUCAAAAGGAGACGAGAAUGUGUUUUACCAUAAUUCGAACCUAAGUCAUUUGACAGCAUUAGAAACCAUUUUUUGUGAUAUUAGUGGUUCAUUUUUGAAAGCAUUGGAUGAGUACGCGUCAUCAUAUUCAAACAUUACAUUAAGGUCACCCGUUUCCAUAACUGAUGGGAACGUAUUGGCCAAAACUAUUAGCCAAGCACAAAAGAGAUUGAGUUCUGGGUCAACAUCAUUUAAAGCUUCUUUUAGUACUACUCCUACACCAAAUGGGCCAUCAUCUCCAUCUCCAUCAGAUAAAUCAAAGACACAUUUGAAGCAUUUAGGAAGACAAAGAAAACUAAUGGGUAACUUCUACCUCUUAGCAGGUAAAUAUAAUGCGGCUUUUCAAAAUUUUACAGAAUGUUUGACCAGUUUAAAGAAAAGCGAAGAUUAUUUAUGGCUAGCGAGUGCUUUAGAAGGUGUUGCUAUCAGUAUGCUUUUAAUGGAAUUUAUUGGUGUUGCAUACCAACUACCAAGUCAGACUUUGAAUUCUAUCUUACAAGUUGGGAAAUUCAAGACGGCUGCAGAUACUGUCAUGGCAAGAAAACCAUCAGUUGAAUCAAAUGGAUCCGUCAAAUCUCCAAGGAAUUCCAUGUCUAGUUCUAAUGGGUUUAGCUUAAAUGCAUUGACCACGAACCCAGAUUUGAAUAACAUGGCCACACCUGACCUCGUAAAGAUUAUCUUGGCUCGUGCGAUAUAUUUCUAUGGUUUAACUUCGAAUGAUUUUGAGAAUAUGGUGCCAGAUAUUGUUUAUGUUGAAAGUAUUUUGCGCGAGAUUAAAUUAUUAACAGGGUUUCAUUUCUCGAAUACCAUUGAGGAGAUUGUCAAGGGUAGUAGCAGCCAUUCUACUACCACGGCCAAAAUCAACAAAUACAUUUCGAAACAGGAAAUCAUUGGUGAAAUUGAUAAAAUAUUCCAAAUGCAACUAGUUAACAUGAACAUUGUGGAUCAGUGCAGAAUUUACUCGGCUUUGGCAACAUUAUACACAGAAUUGGGAUUUUAUAGAAAAAAAGCAUUUAUUCUAAGAGUAUUGCUUGUUGGAUUAUUGCCUCAAUUAAGUUCUUCUGAUCUUCCACAAGAAUCAGUAAGUGAUAUACUUGAUACAUUGUUUGUUAUUUAUGGGAUAAAUUCAGAACCGGAAUCCUCGUCAAGGGAUGCAUUUUUCCACGCACUGAGUAAUUGGACAUCUUUGCAAAUUCAAGUAUUGCGAUUGGCUUUGAAAAUUGGUGAAAAUUUACCAGAUAAGUCACUCCUCUUGAAAGUUUCUAGUUUGUUGCUCACAAGAUACACCCAUUGCUUACCACCUGAUGAUCAAAUCAAACUCAGAAACAAAAUUGAUGAUAUUUUGGCAAAUAACAGAGGUUUGGUUACCCCAUACUGGGAUCCAUUCCUAGUAAGAAGGGUUAAAUUUAUUUCUUCCAAAUCACGUGGUAAGUUGAUUCCAAUUAGUGAUCGACCAGAUGGUAGUGGCGAUAGUCAAGGGUCUGGGACGCCAUUCUUUGAUCCUUAUGCAAAGAAGAAUAUUGACCCUACCAAGAUUCCUACAUUGAUUGCAGAGGAUAUAUAUCAGUUGAAGGUAACAUUGCAAAAUCCAUUUGCCUUUGAAGUUGAAAUCAAUGAUAUUUUGAUUGUAAGUGAAGGUGUUCAAUUAGAAACAAUAAAAAGUUUAAUUCAAAUAGCCACAGAACUGCUGACUUAUGUAUCGACACCAAGCUACCAAAACGCAUCGGGUAUUUUCAAUAACAAAUUAAGACAAAACGGUAAUGGCAAGAAAUCAUCCGCUACAACAACUACGAUGUCACAAGUUGCAUCUGCGCAUUCAGUUCAUACAUUAAUAAUUCCACCAAACUCAUCAGAAAAGUUUUUAAUUUCUUUCAAAGCUUUAUCUAGUGGGAAUACUAGAAUUACGGGGUUUGAUAUUUCAGUGGGCAAUUGUCAGUCCCAAUUCUUCCGUAUUGUUGACAAGGAAAAAUUUGAUUAUGCAAUAAAGUUGUCGCCAGAAACCAAGGAAUUUGACUCAUCAACCUCAACACUUGAUCAACUUGUACAUAAUCUUCAUGAUGGUGAUAUGAAUAGCAUUAAUUCAAGAGUAUCAAUCCGCCUGUUGCCAUUAUUGAUAAUCCCUCCACAACCUUCAUUGACUUUGCUAGAUAUUCUGGCAUCAAAUGGGUGUCUUAUGCUAUUGGAAGGUGAGAAGCAUGAAGUCUCAGUUACUUUGACAAACAAUUCCUCGGAGCCAAUCAACUAUCUUUCCUUCUCAUUUUGGGAUUCGACAGUUGAGUUUAUCAAUAAGAAACUCACAAACACAAAUUUGUCUGCGGUAGAGAUUUACGAAUUGGAAUGGCAUUUACUAAAGUUUAAACCAUUCAAGAUUUUGAAUAAAGAUAUCAUUGGAGAAAAUAUUGAACCAGGGAAAAAUGUUGAACUCAAAUGUGAAUUAACAAGUCGUAAGUUUAUGAAUGAACUGAAAAUUGUACUUGACUAUGCUCAAAAAUGUGCAAAAGAAUCGACUGUUUUCUUGAAAAAUUUGGAUAUCCCAUUGAAUGUUUCAGUUAUGCCUUCUAUUGAUGUUGUUGGGUGUGAUAUCUUUCCAGUUAUGUCGUUACUGGAUAAAGUGCCACCGGGAUUGCAGAAAGUGGUUGAGUAUUCUCAAAAAGGUGAUGAUUAUUGUUUAUUAGUUCUUGAUUUGAGAAACUCUUGGAGUGAGAAGUUAUUGUGUCACUUGAAAUAUGAGGAUUUCGAAGUGAGUGAACCCAUUCAAGCUGGAAAAACUCUGAGAAUCGUGAUUCCAGUAAAGAGGAUAAGCCCAGAUGUUUCUCAACCUAUUCCAUCAUUACGGAACAAACAAUUUGUGAAAAAUUACAACAUCACAGAAGAAGAAGAAAAACAAAUGAAGAAACUAUUCUGGUUGAGAUAUUCAAUAUUGGAGAAAUUACUGGGUAGUUGGAAUUUGGCAAAUCGUGAAGGGGUUAUUGAUUUGCGUGCAAUUAGACUUACUUCUAAAAUGGCACAUAUGUUUGUCUACGAAAAGGUUCAUAUAUCUAAUGUCAUCCUCAAGGAUAAUGGCAAACCAGUAGAUCGAGUUGGUAAUUCUUACAAUUUAUCGUUAGAUGAAUUCUAUGUAUUGAAAUCCAGCAUUGUUAAUGAUUCCAAAGAUACUAUACUGGGUAUUAUGCGUCAUUUACCAUUACCUUUACAUGGAGCAUCUCCAGGAACCAUAUUGCGUCCGCUGGUAUCAAUUGACAAGAAAAUGUUAAUCAAUGGGACAUUACAGAAUAAAUUUCAUGAGAUCAAGCCGGGCGAAAAACUUGAAUUGGAAGUUAGUUUUGUAAUAAUAGAACGUGGGGAAUUUGAAUGGGGUACAGUACUUGAUUUAUUAACUGAACAAGUCUUAAGUAGAGAACAAGUUUACAUUUCAGCAUAUUAA